UACACGUCAAAGGCGGCAAUAUUUAGGAUUGAAAAGUACGAGUGUCUCCCUUUGUCAGUGUAGAGAGCAGAAUGUCAUUUUUGUGAAACUAUGGCCACUCAAACGCGAUGUUCGCGGAUUAAUGAUUUAUGUAAACCGAUUACGGUUAAUAUUAUGACACCUUCUCAUGAACCAAGCUCCGUUAUUGUAAUAAAAACCAUAAAAUAUAUACUAUAUCAACGACAGCAAAUACCUUUCACUUACGAAUUUUUAAUGGACCUCGCCUUGAAAGGCAAAGCAGUACUCGAUGAUUCAAAAAUUAAAGAGGGUGCAGGGCGUGGUGUUCACUUUCGGGACGUCAGAACCCAGUGGAAAAAAUAUCAAAAAAUUGUCGAAUCAUUUGAAAUGUUGGAAGAAAUAUUUAAGAAUGUGCGCCAGGAACUUGACCAGUGUAACAACCAUUUAGUGCCUGAAGUGAUGAUAAUACUUGGCUCCACACCAAUGAGCCCAAAAGAAGUUUAUAGAAUCAUCUUGCCUCAGCAUUCAAGAAUUUCUUCAACAAGUGACAUAGCACCAAAAACUAAUAUUUUUCACAUGUUCAGGGGCAUUAUGACUUGUGAAGAGUUGCAGAACUUUGUUACCAAGUCACUCAGCACUACUAACACCUAUCUGUUUGUGAAAAAGAGAGCUGGGCUGAAUAGUCCAUGGCUUCUUCCCAAAAGACUGUAUGAACCACCUAACAUGGGGCAACAUAUUAUAUUUUCAUUGAAAGGUUCUACUAAUGAAGAACAGUCUAUCAGCAGUAAUGUGGAUAAUGAUACUGGUCAAGAGGCAGAGAUUUAUCCAGAUUGUGCUUUAGUGACUGAAGAUAGUGAAGAACAGUUCAGGCUUCCUUACAAUGAAGGACAUAAUCCCUUACAUAGAAACAGUUAUGUAUUACAUGACCUAAAAAAGAAUUCUGUGGAUAAGAAUUUUGAUGACAUGCACUGGUACCAAGCAAAACAUGUGUUCAGAGGGUUUGUAAAUGAGAUGCAAUUUUAAUUCUGUGUGUGUGUGUGUGUGUGUGUGUGUGUGUACAAAAAAAAUUAAAUUAUCGUGGUGGUGUUCACGUGCUUCACAAUAAAGUGCAUUUGGAGCAGA